GGCGGCGGGAGCAACACCGUGAAGGGCGGGGCUCGCGUUGGGUUGCGGCCUCGCCCACAACACUCCGCCCCGCCCCCUGAUUAUUAUGUCCCCGUCCUUUCACCUUGGGCCCCGCUCUUUCCAUUCACCGAUCCACCCUGUUCGUCAUAAGCCCCGCCUCCCCUUUAUGACGGACGCUACGCAUGCGCACACAUGGCGCCGGCCCAGGUGAAGGCGGGCGCCGGUCGGUGGACGGGACGUUUGCUGCCGUUUUAAAACGGUCAAGCACCGAAAGACAACAUCGGGCCACAGAACAGUUGUAGGAUUUCCCCAGUUUGGACUUCACCAUAAACAAAUCCUGUUAUCGUCUGUCACUUCAGCAAGGAGGGCAGGAACCUGUGGGGUGACGGUGUGACAUGCUUCUGGGUGCCCAGACCUUGGCUGGCAAGUACUGCUUGCGGUUCAGCGUGUGCUCCCGGAGGAUCUCCACAGCAUUGUACAGGUUCAGUGGCGAGGAUUAUUACACCGUCCUUGGCAUCAAACCUGACGCAACUCUUAAGCAGAUCAAGCAGGCCUUCCUUGACCAGUCGAAGAAGCUCCAUCCUGACAUCGAUGUGUCCAACCCAGAGCUGCACAGCCGGUUUGUACGCCUGAACGAGGCCUACAGUGUGCUGAGCAAGCCCAACAGCCGCCGGGAAUAUGACAGGAGGCUGAGACUCCAACGCCACGGCCCCCCUGGAGGAGCACUUGGCAACCCUGUGGGGAGCAGCGGUAACCACGGGGACCCGUUCUUCUACAAUUGUGUGAACCCAGCACCACGCUACAGAUACAAGAUGUCUGAGCAGCAAAAGUACUGGGAGCAGUUCCGGUAUGCCACACCAGAAGACUAUGCAGAGUUUCACAGCGACAAGAAGCGGAAAAGAAACAUGAAGGUUUUUGGCUACUGUAUCUUCAUUAUGUUGGCUGGAGUAUUUAUCCACUAUGUUGGUUUCAGGAAACUGGAAGAAUUCCACAAGAAUUUCAUGGCCAACAAAGACCGAGCCAUAACGGAGAUUUAUAAUGAAUCCAAGGAGCGAGCAAGGCUGAAUGGCUUCAAGAAACAGCAGGAGAUCCUGCGGCAGAAACACGCAGAGUUCAUGGAGAAAUACAGGCUGAAGACGCGAGGGGGCAGUGAUGAGUGAGAGGUCGACGCUUCCCCACCAAACCCUUACCCUAUCCCAGACCAGCUGGGGGGAGCGGGCACCAGCACCCUCAUCCUCCGGCCUUGGGAAACGCUGUAUUGGUACUGCCCUGACCACCCCCAACCCAUAGAGCUGACUCCUAAAAAGAUGAGAGAACACAGCCCGCCGUAUUGUGUGCAUUGACUCCCAGGAGCCGGACUGGGGGCGAUGGCAAUGAUGAACAGAGGAGAGAGCUCUCAACGCAGACUGCGCUCAGACCACAGCGGCCUCCUUAGGACUUUGUAACGCAUGUUGUUUGUUGCAGUUUAGCACCAUUAAAACCUGGUUCAGAGUGUG